UUCUGAAGAUAUCUGCAGAUUUCUGUCAAUCUCUUCGGUCGAAAUUCACUUCUGAGAUAUUUUACCGGUACCUUCUUGUAGUCAGCGUUCAUGAAUGAGACAUUUAAUUUUUUGACUGGUGUUUGGGAGACGAAUACUGAAAAUCUCUUUCUUUAUUGAAACCUAUGUCUACAAGUUUUCUGCUUAAUGAGAAUUCACCCUAGCAGAAGCUAUGGGGGUUAGAAAUUUGUUAGUCUCUACGGUACUUUUUUCCUGCAUAGUUAUAUCGCUGACCUACAACGGUGAUAUAAUUUACGCCGUUAACGCUGGUGGCGAAUCACACACUGAUUAUUGGGGUGUGCAUUAUGAUAAAGAUCCAUUAACUGGCAAAGUUGGAACGGCAUCUAGUUAUGGAAAACAGUUGGUGAUUGGGAGAGUGCCUACCGAAGACCAAAUUUUAUAUCAAACUGAAAGAUACCACCAUAGUACAUUUGGGUAUGAUAUUCCAAUUGAUGAGGACGGAGAGUAUGUGUUGGUAUUAAAAUUUUGUGAAGUUUAUUUCAAUUCAGCUAAUAAGAAGGUGUUCGAUAUUGUGCUGAAUGGAGACCAUACCAUAGUUAGUGAUUUAGAUAUUUAUGAUCGUGUCGGACGAGGAGUUGCACAUGAUGAGUAUGUUCCAUUUACGGUUUUAAAUGACAAACUCUUCGUCAAUGGUGCUGAAUCCGACAUUCAAAGUGGGAUGAUAAGAGUGGAGUUUAUAAAGGGAUACAGAGACAAUCCAAAAAUUAAUGCACUUUAUGUAAUAAGAGGUCGUCUAGAUGAUGUGCCUAAGCUGCCUUAUUAUCAGUCAGACAGUGAAUAUGAUGAAAUGAAAGAGCGUGAAGAAGACAUAAAAAUGAAAAGCCGCAAGCCAAGUGGACCACGAACUCCAGAUCCAUAUUCUGUCGAUGAUACUGCUAUCAUGUUACCGUUAUUCGUGGCAAUAGGAGCAUUCAUUCCCCUCUUAUUUUGCUUGUGUAAACUAUGAUGUACUAAAAUCUAUGUUUAGGCCAAGGGAACUUGCUUCCUCGUGAUGAUUAAUAGUCUGGUAGACAAUUGUUGAAGUUUUGUUAGAAACUUAAUCACUAUGAAGAUUUUAUCUAUGUGUAUGUGAACCACUCUGGUUCUUGAAUGUUCAGAAACCUUCAAAUGUGAUAAUCUAGGUCUGAAUAGCUGCUUAUUCUUUGUAGAACUUUCACUCAAAGUAUAUGAAAGAAAUCAUACUUAUAUUUGGGUUUUCAAAUUUAUUCUACAUUAAAUUAACUGCUUUUCUCUGAAGACUGUAAUUAUAAGGUUCCUGAGUAUUUGUGUCUUGGUAUGGAAUUCCAAGUUGGUCAACAUGUUGUAACGUGGAUAAUUUCUGCAUUAUGCUGUUGAAAAGUGAUACUCGCGAAAACAUGCUUCAUCGUGCUCUAAAUUAACUGAACAAAAACCUCAUUAAUGGAUGAGCAUUUUCAAAACAAAUUAUUGUACAUGUAUAGGUUUCAGAUAUGAGAUCUUUAAAACAUGUCCAUCUUCUACAAUCAGGCCAAAUUUGCAGCGUAUAAUUUUUUAAAAAGAAAAUGUAGAGUUUCAUUAAUCAAGUACCUUAGUGUGAUGGUCUUUUUUCAAAAAAGACAUUUUUCUGUUGUUGGAUUUAUUGACACGACUAGUCUCUACUGAUCUGUUUCUUUUUUUUUGUAGAACUGUUAGUGUAAGUGCAAAGUGUGAUUUCUUACUUAAUACCACAUUUUUGUUGUUGUGUUUUUGUUUUAUGAGUUUUGCUCACUGAAUUUUGAUUUCAAUCUCAGUCUGCAUUGCCUAUUCUCCCAGAGAAUUUGGGGCUGCUUCAUCCUGUGCUGCUAGAUGUGCUCUCAAAUAAUUUUGUUGUCUUCCUGUAUUUAUACUUAUUUGGAUUCAUUGAACAUUCUGUGCUUUUGGUUGAAUCAUGAAUUCUACGGUCUUAGUUACUUAAUUUGUAUGUAUUUGUCCAUAUGAUGAUUUUCCUGUAUCUGCGUUUAACUAGAAUCAGAGCCAGAACCUGACAGCUAAAUUGACAUUUGCAAGUGGUUUUUAAUGUUUAUUGACGAAGGAAUAGGGUGCCUUUUUCCUUUCUUUUGGUGUACCUUUGCAUAUUGAUUGCACCUUAGCUCUUAAGUCUUUGUCUGUUUUUAUUUAUUUGUCCGUCUCUUACUUAUAACAAGACCAAUAUUGAAAAGACAAUGUAUUCAUUCUAUUUCUUAAACAUUUAAUAUAAGCUACGAGGGUUUCAGUGCAAUGGAUAGUUGUGUUCCAUUUGUUUGGUUGUAUAUUGUAAUUGUUGAAGCAUACUCUGUGACAGCACUCUCUAUUUAUACUAAUUUUCAAACAUGAUAAUGGAAUCAUUCUUUAUAAAAGAGAUACUUAAUAAAGUUAAAUGGCUGAAGUUUUGUUAGGUAGGCAAGAUCACUUUUAAUUAUUUUAAUUUAUUGUUUUUAGACCGAAUGUAUUAUUUCACCAACACUGUGCAGAACCAGUUUUACCUAACAUGGUUUGGCUACUUCGCAAUAGCUUUGUGAUUUUUUUUUGUUUUGUUAAAUUUUAACUAUGAUUUUAAGUAGUGUGUUUAUUUUCUUGAACCUGUGCUUGAGGGACUUUGUUCUGUCAUAAAUUUGUAAUAAAAUUGUUGCUCUUGUUGUGUGCUGGAA